AUGUCGAACGUUAGUUUUACGGACGACCAAUUCCGCGACCUUAUUGGAGUAUUAGCGAGCAGGAACUUCGCUCCACUCUCACCGUCUAAGCCUGGUAGUUUCGCGCUUUGCACAGCCCACUUUGAUGGAACUCGCGAUGCAGCAUUAGUUGAAGCGUUCCUAUCAACUAUCACGACGUUCAAAAAGAUAGAAUUUGUCAGUGAUAGUAACGCCAUUGAAGGGCUAACACUCCUGCUGACCGGAGAAGCUUCCAUAUGGUGGCUGGGUGUCAAGGACGACAUUACCUCAUGGUCUGAGGCCAUAACACUACUUCGUACCACAUUCGCGCCCAAGAGACCAGCAUAUAAGAUAUAUGAAGAAAUUGUAUGUAUCAAGCAGUCGCAACCAAGGGGCACAGAACUUUUCGUUGCCAAGAAGCGCGCACUUAUGGCCGAAUUGCCGAAGCCUGCACUUACUGUAAGUCAAUGUUUGGAUCUUCUGUACGCUUCAUUGCACGUGGACAUCAGGGACAAGAUACCCCGAGACAGCGUCAGCAGUUUCGACGAGUUUCUUAGGAAGGCUCGCCAAAUUGAAGAAGUACUGAUCGAACAAAAGAAUACCGUUCCUUCCACUUCAUCAGGCAAAAGAAUACGGUGCACAUUCUGCCGUGUUUUCGGGCACAGUGAAGAAAACUGCAGGAAGAAGGAAACGUAUACCGAGAAAACACAGGACUCCGCCAGUGCUGCUGUCCCAUAUAAAUCCAUAACGCCUACAUAA